CGCGCGGUGGCGCUGGCGGUACCCUACCCGCGCCGCUCCUUCGUUCAGUGACUUCUCGCGAGAGCUGGCGGCGAUCUCGCUAGUAGCGGCGGAAGUGGAACCAAUCUCUCUUUCCGGGCGGCCAUAGCCACGGUAGCAGCGGUCAAAAUGAAAUUCAAUCCAUUUGUGACCUCAGACCGCAGCAAGAAUCGCAAACGGCAUUUUAAUGCACCAUCUCACAUUCGUAGGAAGAUCAUGUCUUCUCCCCUUUCCAAGGAGUUGAGGCAAAAAUACAAUGUCCGUUCUAUGCCCAUCCGAAAGGAUGAUGAAGUCCAAGUUGUCCGGGGCCAUUACAAAGGACAGCAGAUUGGCAAGGUAGUCCAGGUAUACAGAAAGAAGUAUGUCAUCUACAUUGAACGUGUCCAACGUGAGAAGGCCAAUGGCACAACUGUACAUGUGGGCAUUCACCCUAGCAAGGUGGUGAUCACAAGACUAAAGCUGGACAAAGAUCGUAAAAAGAUCUUGGAACGCAAAGCAAAGUCUCGCCAAGUUGGCAAGGAGAAAGGAAAGUACAAGGAAGAAACAAUUGAAAAGAUGCAGGAAUAAAAUAGACUACUUUUGUGCUAUUAAAAUUCUGUUAAAAUGAAA